CGGGGCGGCGUCUACGUUCUCCAACGGUUCAACCCCAACCCAGCGUCGGAGCCCACUACGGCCUACCGUGAACCUCUCCUCGACUCAUCCUCAGCUCUUACCACUCCCAAAUCCCAAUGAUCCUCUUCUCCGUCCACCGCACGCUGCCCCUCCUCCCCGCCCACAACCUCCGCAGGCUCCUCCGCCUCCGCGCCUCCUCCGUCUCCGCCUCCGCAUCCUCCCCGCCCCGCGCCGGCCGCCGCUCCCCCCGCCCCCCGCCCUCGCGCCGCUCCACCCUCUACGCCCGCCCCAGCCUCCUCGACAUGGAGCGAGACCGCGCCGCCUGCCGCGCGGACGUCGACGCCUUCCUCUCCUCCCUCGGCGUCGACCCGGGCGAGCUCGCGGGCCUCGAGCUCCCGGUCACCGUCGAGGUCAUGCGCGAGCGCGCCGAGUUCCUCCGCUCCCUCGGCCUCACCCACGAGGACCUUGCCGCCUACCCGCUCGCGCUCGGCUGCAGCGUCCGCAAGAACAUGGUCCCCGUCCUCGACUACCUCGGCAAGCUCGGUGUCCGCCGCGAUGCGCUCCCGGACCUGCUCCGCCGGUACCCGCAGGUUCUCCACGCCAGCGUCGUCGUGGACCUGGCCCCCGUCGUCAAGUACCUCCAGGGGAUGGACGUCAGGCCCGCCGACGUGCCGCGCGUGCUCGAGCGAUACCCGGAGCUCCUCGGGUUCAAGCUCGAGGGUACCAUGAGCACCUCCGUCGCCUACCUCGUCGGCAUUGGCGUGGCGAGGCGGCAGAUCGGCUGCGUCAUCACCCGUUUUCCUGAGGUGCUUGGCAUGCGCGUGGGCAAGAUUAUAAAGCCUUUCGUCGAACACCUUGAGGGCAUUGGGCUGCAGAGGCUAGCUGUUGCGAGAAUAAUUGAGAAAAAGCCUUAUGUCCUUGGGUUUGGGCUUGAGGAUAAGGUGAAGCCUAACAUUGAGGCGCUUAUGGAGUUUGGAGUGAGGAAGGAGGCUCUAGCUCCCAUUGUGAUGCAGUACCCCGAUGUUCUUGGAAUUGAGCUGAAGGACAAGCUUGUUGCACAGCAGAGCUUGUUCGAGUCGAGCAUUUUGGUCAGCCAUGAUGAUUUCGGGAGAGUAAUCGAGAGGAUGCCACAGGCUAUUAGCCUUGGGCGAGCUGCGGUUCUGAAGCAUGUUAAUUUCCUCACGGCCUGUGGCUUUAUGCUCUCGCAAGUGAGCAAGAUGGUUGUGGCGUGCCCCCAAUUGCUCGCACUGAACAUGGAUAUAAUGAGGAUGAACUUCGAGUACUUUAAGAAUGAGAUGGAGAGGGAUUUGGAGGAGCUGGUUGAGUUCCCUGCAUUCUUCACAUAUGGCCUCGAGUCGACUGUGAGGCCCCGACAUGAGAUGGUGGCUAGGAAGGGAUUCACAUGCUCUCUUGCAUGGCUUCUUAAUUGUUCUGAUGCAAAAUUUGACGAGCGCAUGAAGUAUGACACGAUCGGGGUUGAGGAAAUGGAGGCUGAGGAUUCUUCCGACAUGAAUACAUUUGCGGAGGAAGUUGAGAGUGAGGAGGAUGAAGACAGCGAUUAUGAUGACUCCGACGAUGAGUUUGUUCAAUAAUUUGCUUCAUAGUAUCAAUUGCUAUCUGACGAACUUGCAUGUUGGUCUUAAGCUUGAUGCUCUGUUGUAUAUGAUGCAGUCAUUAGAUUGUCAAUUUUGAAGUAUGUGAUUGGUAAACUCAAAUGCUGGAUAUAAUCAAACUGUAGCUUAGAGGUCCAGUAUAUCCGGAUGUCGUUCAACAUUGUAUGUUUAGCUGUGUAAUGUUGUAUUUCUAUGCCGAAGCAUAUAUCAAACCAUAUUUCUCAUGUAUGUGCAGAGGUUAAUAAAAAGAGCAGAGGACCGAA